UAAUUUAUUUGCAAACGUUGGCAAAAACACGCGUCUUCGACCACUAAGCAAUAUUUACUUAGCCUUCAUUAGACAACGAACAUCUGUUCGCUUUCAAGAAGAAUUUUCAAGAAAAACGGUUUUCAGAAACUGUUUUUGCUUUUAAAAAAUACUUCCUUCCAUGGUACUGAACUUUAAAAUACGAAUCAAGGUAUCAUUUGAUCUACAUUAAAACAGCCAAACAACGUGGAUAAAGUCCCUCGCUUUUUUAAAACUGAGCGAAGAAGAAGAUAACAAAGAAUGAACUCUUCAAAGAAUAAUCGACAAUGUAAAAGGCAUUCUUAUCCGGUCAUGUUAACUUACAAAGAAACAUUAAAUGUUCUCAUUAAACAUCAAAGUGAGUACAACCAAACAGAGUCAACAAAGAGAGCAAGAACACCAGUAUUGAAUCAAAGUGGAAGUGAGAAAGAGCGACGAGAAGAACUAGAGGCAGCAAUUUGUUGGCUUGGUCAAGAAUUAAGAGAUAUUCACCAUCAGGAUAAAUUUUUACUUCGUCAAUUUAAUCAUUUAAAAGAAAGCAUUCAAGAACUAAGCAGUGAACCCGAUAUCAAGGACAAUUGCAAGGCAGAAUCAAAGAAGGAAAAACUUCAAAAAAAUCAAAAAACAAUGUUUGAAGAAGAGGUUGCAGAGGAGAAAAAAGAUGUUUCGCAGAAAAAAGGCGACGAAAAACUUAUAUUUCGUGGAGAAUUUCAACUGGAGGAUUUGGGAUUAGCUCAAAUGAAACAAGCACAGAAACGUCAAAAUGAAGUGCUGGAAAAAAAUCAACAACUUGAGGACGAAAAAAAUCGAGAGAAAAAGAGUGUAGAAAAAGAACAAGACAAAAGAAAACAAGACAAGAGGUCACUACCCAGUGAUAAUGACUCGGAUUAUGGAUCAGAUCAGAGCGUUGAUAAAUUUGAGGUUGAAUCGAUUCAAAUGCAGAAAGUUAACACCUUUAUGAACAAUCAAAGUCUGAAAGUGUGCACUAAACAACGUUCGAAGCGCUGGUCGUGGUGGAAAUAAGUCACUUAUGUGAAUACGAAAUGAUUCUGCAUAAAUUAUCAUACAAUAUAUAUAAUUUAUUUCCAUCUAUUUAUGUGAAAAUAUGAAUUGUUGCGCACAAUAAUCGAACUUAAAUAGUUUAAGUACAGUAAAAGAACUCAAAUCUUAGCUCGUAUUGAGUAACUUUGGGUAGGUUGUUUUCAAUAAAUAUGAAAAUAUAACCGAUGACAGUAAACAACCAAUUCCUUCAAGUCAGCCAGCAGAUUUUAGUAAUGUUAUGUAAAUUUCAGAACAUUGUCAACACUCAUUUCUUAAAAAAUCUGUUGUUUUCGCACUCAAUAACAUGGUGUGGAAAACAUGGUUGUUUUCCACACUAUGAAUAAAUAAGCAUGCUGGCUAAAAGGUGCAAUAACUGAAAAAAUAUCUGUAACCGACUCAAAUUAUCAAUAAAAUAAAUAAUUUGUGCA